AUGAGGAGCAUGGGGGCGCGCUGGCGCCUGCGGCGCUCCGAGGGCGCUCGUGCCCGGCGGCGGAAGGACGAGCCGAUGGAGCCCGGCGGGUCCCGCCGCCUCAGCACGGAGGAGCGGCCGGCGGGUGGCGGCCCCCAGGCCCCGCGGUGCCCCCGCGGGCAGAAGGAUUUCUUCCCUGACGGCUCGGCCCGCCAGGCCGAGAGGCUGCGGCGGUGCUGCGAGGAGCAGUGGUGGGCGCUGUCCGAGGAGCGCCUGGAGCGGCCGGGCAAUCGGGUGAAAGCUGAGUGGAAGCCAGGACAGGGCAUCGUGGAGCUGCUGUCCCCUGCGGGGAAGUUCUGGCACACCAUGGGGUUCUCGGAGCGAGGCAAACAGUGCUUGCAGCCUGAGGAAGCUCUGUACCUGCUGGAGUGUGUAAGUAGCAUGGGGGCAUUGGGUCCUUACUGAGUGUU